GAAGCGGCUCCGUGCUACAUUCGACCGUGUAGCGGGCCCAGCUGCAGAGCUCACUCAUGUUUUCCUUCAGCACUGUGAAAACUGCUAUUCGCAGCAGCCUGCUUCCUCUGUUAAGGCUUAUUUUGAAGAAUAGAAUAAGAAACCUUCCCCUGUUCCGCUGGUUAUUCUAUACUAGUCCAGUUUCGUAGUUGGGGUGUUUAUGUGGGUGUUCUUUCUAGCUUGCAGUCUGUAAUCUUUCAGUGUUACGAGAAAAAUACUAGUCUAGUGCAGACUUAGUUUCCUACUGUGUUUACAAGUUGUGGAUUAUUUUAAUGGCUUUAAUGUUUGAAAUUUGUCGAGGUUGUGGAAGAAUAGGUAUUGUACUGUUUUCUAGCCAAUUUUGCUCAUAUAUAAAAUUUCAUAAAACUGUGUACACGUCUGUGCUUUUAAGUUGUGGCAUUAAGUUUAUUUAUUCUCCAAAUCCUUGCUCUCUGAAGUCCUUGUUCAGUUAAUGAAUUGCUCUUACUUUUCAUGACAAGUCAACUCUUUUUGUUUAUGGACUUCAAAUUUUUGGAUAGCUUGUCUGUGCUUUCUACCCAUGUGUCAUUGUUUACUAUACAGUCAGUAAGAGCUAUUAUUUGAACUUCCAUUUGUUUAUGGACUUCUUAGAGAUCACAUUAUAAUCUGGAAUCACUGUGGCUGGUUUUCACCACUGAACGUUGUGUAUUGUAUCCCUGGUGCAUCAUGGAAAACUUGCUGUUUAUCACCGAAGAAUUAUGGAGGAGAGCUCUUGUGAAUGAUGUUUAAAAAUUGGGAUAAGAAAGCGGAGUUGUGAAUCCAGAAGUACUACAGAUUAAAUACAUCAUGAAGUAGCAGGGCAGCGGAUUUACUUUUUCAAGACACGAAGGUGCUGAAUGAAAAUUCUGCCCUUGAAUUCUUCAUGCUUUUUGGCACUGCCAUUGCAUCUGUUGAGAAGACACGUUGUAAAGUGUUCUGGGUCUGGCUGGGAUGGAGUUAAACGUUCUUCACAGCAGCCCAUACAGUUCAGUUUGGAUUUGUGGCUAAAGGAAUGUUGACAACACAUCGAUGUUUUGGCUGUGGCUGAACAGCACUUGCACAGUAUCAAGGCUUUAUCUAUUUUUCCUACUCUGUUCCUCCUGUGAGUGUGCUCAGAAUAGGUGAGAAGCUGGGAGGGAACAUGACUGAGACAGCUGACCCAGACUCACCAAAGGGAUAUUCUGAGACAUGUAACAUCCUGCUGGGCAACAAAAACUGAGUUAAGUUGAUUUUACAGAAUUUAUCAGGUCUCCAAAGCAGAAACAGGUGAUUUUUGCUGUGGGUUGAGCUCAGCAUGGCUGUAGUCAUCCGUUUACAGGGGCUUCCUGUUGUUGCGGGUCCUCCAGAUAUUCGUCGUUUCUUCUUGGGAUUGAAUAUUCCUGAUGGAGGUGUGCAUAUUAUUGGAGGAGAGAUUGGGGAGGCUUUUAUUAUAUUUGCAACAGAUGAAGAUGCACGGCGUGCCAUGAGCUGUUCGGGAGGGUUUAUCAAGGACUCGCGCAUAGAGCUCUUUCUCAGCAGCAAGGCAGAGAUGCAGAGUACCAUAGAAAUGAGCCGGAAACGAUUUGACCGUGGGGGACGAGAAACUAUGUCUGGCUCUAGAAGAACAGGUACUAAUGGUUCUAGUACAUCAAAUGUUGGAGAUAUACCACAUUUAGUUACAGCUUCUCCUAAAGGAAUGAGAAAACCUAGUUAUGGGCCACCAAAUCGCCUGGAGGCUGGUUUCCAUACCAACGGCACAAGAUAUGGUGAUAUGGGUAUACCUAAGUCAAACUAUCAGAUAAGAAAGGAUUCUCACCCGUUUAACCCAGAUGAUCGUUACUUAUUUCUACGUGGUAUACCUUACUCUGCAACAGAAGUUGAAGUACGCGGUUUCCUUUCGGGGAUACGUGUGGACGGAGUGAUUCUGAUAAAGCACCGCAAUGGUUUAAACAAUGGCGAUUGCUUGGUAAAAUGUGCUACACCUGGUGAUGCCUUAGAAGGACUUAAACGUCACAGACAAUACAUGGGUCAGAGGUUUAUAGAAAUUAGUCCAACUACAGAGGAACGGUGGAUUGAAUGCGGUGGGAGGAUAGACAUGCCAGAUGAAAUGGAUCACUUUCUGUGCGAAGACCAUUCUCCAAGAAGUUCAGGCUACAUGCAUUCAAGGAAGCAUUCUCGUUCAAGAUCACCAAGGAGACAAAGAACGCAUUCUCGUUCAUCUCCCAGCCAGGAAUAUUACAUACACUUAAGAAAUCUAUCUUUUAAUGUGGAGAAGAGAGAUUUGAGAGAUUUUUUUCCUGAUCUAGAUAUACACAGCAAACAGAUCAAGAUUCUAACAGAUAAGCAUCAGAAAAGGACUAGAGAUGCUUUUGUGGUGUUAAGGAAUGAGAGAGAAUAUCAGGCUGCUUUGGAAUGUCAUAGAAAGGUUCUUCUCAAUCGUCCUGUGUACAUUUUUCCAAUUUCAAGAAAGUCAAUGUUGAAAAUAAUUGACUCUUGUGAGAGGAAAAGAUCACUGGACAGAGAUCACUUUGGACAGGUCAUAUCAGAAAAAAGUUAUCGAGAAGGUCAUUCUAGCCCUAAGACUUGUGUUUAUGUAAGGAAUUUUCCAUUUGAUGUUUCAAAAAUUGAAGUGCAAAAGUUCUUUUCAAGAUUUGAUGUUGACGAAGAUGAUAUUUACUUGCUCUAUGAUGAAAAAGGAGUUGGACUGGGAGAAGCACUAGUGAAGUUUAAAUCUGAAGAACAAGCUAUGAAAGCAGAAAAUUUAAAUCGUCAAACAUUUUUGGGAACAGAAGUAUUAAUAAGACUUAUAUCUCAAGAUCAGAUGCAGAAGUUUGGGGUACCUGCACCAUUAUCUGCACCAAAUGAAAUGCACGGUCAUUCACAUCCAUAUGACAGAGUUGACCUGUCCCGUCCAGUUGGUUCACCAUCUGGGCCACCACAAGGGCCACCCAUGCAUUCAUUUGGUCCCCCUGGGAACUUCAGGCAUCAUUCUGAAUUUAGACAUCCCUCUGAGGACUUCAUGUGCCCUCCUAAGGAUUUUAGGGGUCCACCACCCCUCAUGGAUUUUGGUGGUGACAGUGAACCUUUUGGCAGAAUGGAGUUUGGGAAUAAUAAAAUGGGAAAUUUUCCUGAAGGAAGAUUUAUGCCAGAUCAAAAUUUCAGUGGUGGUUCUGAACGUGUUGUUCCUAUUCUAUUGAAAAAUUUACCUUUUAAAGCUACUCCUAAUGAGAUUCUGGAUUUUUUCUAUGGCUACAGAGUGAUACCAGAGUCAGUUUCUGUGCAGUACAAUGAACAAGGAUUACCUUCUGGUGAUGCCAUCGUUGCUAUGACAAACUAUGAGGAAGCUAUGGCUGCUAUUAAUGAACUGAAUGAUAGGCCUAUUGGUCCACGGAAAGUUAAGUUGAGUUUGCUGUAGAGGAAAAGAUGCUCUAAUAACACAUUCUAGGUUUGACAGUAUUGACAGUUAUUUUAACUUUUAAUUACUGGAAGAUGGAAAACACUUUCCAUCAACGGUUGUAAAUAAUACCCAGUUAAGUUUUUUAGCUCUUGGUUGAAAUACCUUUAGGACAUUGAAUGUCAUACAUCAAAGUAUAAAAGGAUGGAGUUGUAAUGCUUUGGGUUUUGUUUAGUGGCUUUUUUUUUGUUGUUUUUUUUUUUUUUUAGAUUAAUUUCAGCCUUAUGUCUUUGCAUCAAAUAAAAACGUAAGUGCUGGCUGACUGACCACACAAACGGUUCAAAUAAAAAUUUUUCAGUGCUACCUGCAUUAGUAAAUGACAUUUCUUACUGAGGUUAGCUUAAUAAAAUUUUAAAAAUUACUGAUUUUUUUUUUCUUUUUGUGUAAACUUUUCAGGUUUUAUUCGGUUUCAUGUUUGCAGGCAUUCCUGUUUAAGAGCUUCCUGUUCUCAUUAGCUGGCUUUGCAACUUUUUUAAAAUAAAAAGGAAAUUGCCAUUUAAAUGUGUGUCUUAUAUUUAAAACUUGUAUAGUUAAUGAUCUCAACUAUUAUGCUCAGCAGAUCUGGGUCUUGGUGAGAAUGAUGCUGGCUGCUUCAUCUGGAAAGAGUGAACUGGUAGUUUUAUCAACAAAGCAAAGGAUGGGUAGUUUACAGAGAUUGCAGAGGCUGUAUUCAUCAGUUAGGCUUUUUUCUCACUAGAGUGAGGCAGAAAAUGAAUGUUGGAAUUAGAUCAAGAAUUCUGACUUCAGUGGUUUUGUUUUAUCUUCACAUGCUGCGUAAUAUGAAUACUAACUGGCUAAUGAUGUCUGGAUGCAUUCCAGGUCAAUCUCUGAUUAGUUUUAACUAACAUCUGUCACUGGCAACCAAGCUGACAACCAACUAUGUUAUUUUCUUACAUAAUAAAAUAAAUGCUUAUGUCAGCAUUUA